AUGGGCGGUGGGCACGGAAUUCGAUCUGUUGUGUACUAUGUCAACUGGGCGCCGUACGGGCGAAACCACCAUCCCCAAGAUCUUCCCGCCGAAAAUCUGACGCAUGUCCUCUACGCAUUUGCCAAUGUUCGCCCAGAGAGCGGCGAGGUCUAUCUCACGGACCCUUGGUCGGAUACGGACAAGCACUACGACGGUGACAGCUGGAACGAUGUCGGCAACAAUGUCUAUGGCUGUGUGAAGCAGUUGUUCCUCCAGAAGAAGAAAAAUCGCAACCUCAAGAUUCUGUUGAGUAUCGGUGGUUGGACGUACUCCUCCAAUUUCGCCCAGCCUGCCAGUACAGCUGCUGGACGGAAGAAAUUCGCAGAAUCCGCCGUCCGACUACUCGAAGAUCUGGGAUUCGAUGGGUUGGAUGUUGAUUGGGAAUAUCCCAAAUCUGCGGCUGAGGCUGAAGACUUUGUCAAACUUUUGCAGGAGACCAGACAGGCUCUUGAUCAAGCUGCCGCCAAACGCCAUCACCACCACCACCCUCAUCACCAGGAACAUACACGUUUCUAUCUGACGGUUGCCUGCCCCGCUGGAGCGUCAAACUUCGAGAAGUUGAAAAUCCCCGAGAUGGAUCACCUACUUGACUUUUGGAAUCUGAUGGCAUAUGACUAUGCUGGAUCGUGGGAUCAGCGCGCAGGACAUCAAGCGAAUUUGUUCCCAUCAAAGUCACACCCCGAAGCGACCCCCUUCAGUACGAUUGCCGCCAUCGAGCACUAUACUAGACGCGGCGUCCACCCUUCCAAGAUAGUGCUGGGCAUGCCACUGUACGGGAGAACCUUCACAUCGACGUCUGGGCCUGGGCAGCCAUACAACGGUGUCGGCGAAGGCAGCUGGGAACAAGGCGUUUGGGACUACAAGGCACUGCCCAAACCAGGCAGCAGCGAGUAUCAUGACCAACACAUUGGCGCCAGUUGGAGUUACGAUCCGUCCACCCAGACGAUGAUCAGCUACGACAGUCCACAGCUUGUGGCGCAAAAAGCUGCCUUCGUGCGAGACCACGGCCUCUCUGGUUCCAUGUUCUGGGAGUCUUCGGGCGAUAAGCCGGUCGGCUCGGGCAGUUUAAUCGAGGCGUUUUUGAUUCACAGCGGUGGUGCGAAGAGGGUGGAGGACGUCAAAAAUUGUCUGGAUUAUCCUGAGAGCAAAUAUGACAAUCUGAGAAAUAAGUUUGAGUGA